CUCAAUCUUUCCAAAAGGGACCCUUUUGCUAUCCACCGGCAGCACAUGAACCGCAUGCUUUCUGGAAGUUUUGGAUUUGGCCCACUGCUUGGUAUCACUGAUGGGACCACGCCUGGGGCUCGUCAGGCUGGCCGCAGGAUGCAGGCAGGAGCUGUUUCACCCUUUGGGAUGCUGGGCAUGGCAGGUGGUUUUAUAGACAUGUUUGGCAUGAUGAACGACAUGAUUGGGAACAUGGAACAUAUGACAAGUGGUGCAAACUGCCAGACAUUUACCUCUUCAACUGUCAUCUCCUAUUCCAACCUGGGUGAUGGGCCCAAAGUCUAUCAGGAGACCUCAGAGAUGCGUUCAGCACCUGGCGGGAUUCGUGAGACUAGGCGGACCGUAAGGGACUCGGACAGUGGCUUGGAACAAAUGUCUAUUGGGCACCACAUCAGGGAGAGAGCACACAUCAUGCAGCGAUCCCGGAACCAUCGUACAGGUGACCAGGAAGAGAGGCAGGACUACAUCAAUAUGGAUGAAAGUGAUGCAGCUGCUUUUGAUGAUGAGUGGAGGCGAGAGACAUCCCGCUUCCGGCCACAGCGAGGGCUGGAAUACCGGCGUCACGAAGGCAGUGGCAGCCGCCGGGCUGAAGGGACUCGUCUUGCAAUCCAGGGCCCUGAGGAUUCUCCCUCCAGACAGUCCCGUCGAUAUGACUGGUGAAUGCAGAGCAGACCUUGUUGGGGGUGCAACAUGGUCACCCCCAAGUCUACCUACACGUUCUUGUAAGUCCUAACGCGGCUCUUUUUUCAUUUUCCAAUGCCUGGUUGGCUCUUAACCAUAUGGAUUUUCUUUUCAUUACCCCAGUAUUGCAUUAUUUUGGUUGGAAGAAUGUUUUCUCGCUUAAUUAAAGAGCAGAGGCAGAUGAAAGUCUUAAGGAAAUACCAAAUGGAAAGGUUGAAGCUGUUGAAGUUAGCCUUGUCACCAGGAAAAAUGUGUGAUGUCAGCCUUAGGUGAUGGUUGAAAUGGUAUGAGGUGAUGUAGGAUCACAAUCUAUAGAGUGUUUACACUAUCAUUAUGUAGAACUUAGAGACUUUUUACUUCCAGUCCAGUUUGAAAUAAAAACAAGUGCUGCUUUCUGGUCUGUGUUUUGAGGGUUCACUUGGAUAUGGUCUAGAACUUGAAAUUUGGGGUUUCUUUUUAUUAUUAUUAUUGUUAAAUCUUACCUGUCUUUGCUGCUUUCUAAUCACUUUUUGCUCUUUUUAUGUUCUUUCUUUUUUUCCCUUCCUUCCAGGUACAGACAGUGAAACUCUGAAGCCCCUUCAAAGCACCACUUGGACCCUUCUCAAAUUUAGUAUUAACCUCCCUGCCACUUAAGAAUUGAAAUAAAGCAACUAAUCUUCUGCA